UAGACAUCUUAUAUCAAUACUAAAUUAUUCCUUACGUGUAUAUAUUAGAAUGAACCGCGUAAUUUACAUACCAGAUGUUCUUUUUAAGUUUUUUUUUCUAUUUACAGACAACACAAAAUGACAAAAGACGAUUUCUAAAUUAUACAGUGUAGACUUAUAAUCAAAUUGAUCUUGUAUUCAAUAACAUAAAUCAUCAUCAUGUCUGUCGAUUUCAAUACCGUUGCAAAAGAAUUCUGUACCUUCUACUAUCAACAAUUCGAUAGCGAUAGAACCCAAUUAGGUAACUUAUAUAGAGAUCAAUCUAUGUUAACCUUUGAAACUUCUCAAUUACAAGGUGCUAAGAAUAUUGUUGAAAAAUUAGUUGAAUUACCAUUCCAAAAAGUUGCUCAUAGAAUCUCAACUUUAGAUGCUCAACCAGGUUCUCCAAGUGGUGAUAUUUUAGUUAUGGUUACUGGUGAAUUAUUAAUCGAUGAAGAACAAAAUGCUCAACGUUAUUCCCAAGUUUUCCAUUUGAUUCCAGAUGGAAAUUCAUACUAUGUCUUUAAUGAUAUCUUCAGAUUAAACUAUUCUUAGAUUAGAUUAAAAAUAUAUUUUUGCAUAACCGUAGUGAGUUCAGUUAUUAAUACAACAUAAUUUUACAUAAUAAUUAUCAUCAUAUUUAAGUAUACAAUAUGUAGUUUAGUAGUUGCCUUUGAUGGGAUCUUUAAAGCUUU